UAAACAUGAACUCUGGCCAUGAAAUGACUGUAUUUUGCACUUCCUGAAACAUGACAGGCCAUAGCGCUCGGUGGAAAUUAUUAAAGUUUCUCAAAGUGCUGCUGUUUAGUGUCAUAUUUUCGAUUACAGUUUUGUUCCUUGUUGCCACAGUUAGGACGUUUACAUUUGAUGCGGACGCGGGGCUUCAGUUGGGAAAAUGGGAAAAUACAACAGCCAUUUCUCUUCAUUUAAGUCCACAACAGAGAAAGAACCUGCUGGCAAAUUUCAAAGCGGCCAUUCAGAUUCCCACUGUGUCAUUUACCGAGACAAAUGUGAACACGAGCGCGCUGCGUGAGUUUGACGGGCUGCUGAGGAAGGUUUUCCCAAAGAUCUUCUCAUCCAGUCUGGUCCAGCAUGAGAUGGUGGGAAACUACAGCCACCUGUUGACGGUACCAGGAAGCGAGCCUGAUCUGGAGCCGUACAUGCUGCUGGCACACAUUGAUGUAGUGCCGGCCGAUGAGGCGGAUGGGUGGGAUGCUCCUCCUUUCUCUGCUCAAGAGCUCAAUGGCUUCAUUUAUGGACGAGGAACUAUCGACAAUAAACAGUCUGUGAUGGGGAUCCUUCAGGCGUUGGAAUACCUGCUGGAACGAGGUUACACUCCUCGGAGAAGCUUUUACAUUGGCUUGGGUCACGAUGAGGAGGUGAAUGGUUUACAUGGGGCAGCCAAUAUCGUGAAGCUCCUGAAGAGUCGGGGGGUGAAGCUCCGGUAUGUUUUAGAUGAAGGCCUGGCAGUGUUGGAUGGUGUCAUAAGUGGCCUGGAUGGACCUGCUGCCCUAAUAGGUAUCAGUGAGAAAGGUCAGGCCACAGUAAAGCUGAGUGUAAGCAGUGCUCCUGGACAUUCAUCCAUGCCGCCCAGAGAGAGCAGCAUUGGCAUCUUGGCGUCAGCAGUCAAAAGAUUGGAGGAAAAUCCAAUGCCCAGGCUGUUUGGUUAUGGUCCUGAGCGUGGCACGUUUGAACACCUGGCCCAUAAGUUUGGUUUGCCUCUCAGAUUCAUCAUGUCUAAUCUGUGGCUCUUCUCUCCGCUACUCAGCAGGGUGUUGGAGAGAAAACCUGACACAAAUGCAUUUGUGAGGACCACAACUGCCGUCACUAUGUUUAACUCGGGUGUAAAGAUUAAUGUAAUCCCAUCAUAUGCUGAAGCAUUCGUCAAUUUCCGUAUCCACUCAGCCCAAACACUGCAGGAGGUUCUGGAGUUGGUCGAGUCAACUGUAUCAGAUGAGCGUGUGAAGGUAGAGCUGGUCAAUGGAUUCGACCCACUGUCCAUCAGCUCCUAUGAUGAGAAUACAUUCGGGUACCAGAUCAUAAAGAAAACGGUGCAGAGCAUGUUUCCUCAGCUUACGGUGGCUCCUGGUAUCUGUGUUGGCAACACUGACAGCCGUCACUACAAGGAUAUCACGCAAGAUAUAUAUCGCUUUGCUCCGUCAUGGUUCAAACCAGGUGAUCCUCAAAGAUUUCACGGUGUGAACGAGAGAAUCUCCAUUCAGAACUAUGAAGAGAUUGUGCUGUUCUACUUCCAGCUCAUCCAGAAUAAUGACGUCAGGAAGUUGCCGCCACCUCACAGUAGCCAGCAUGAGCUGUAAAUGGUGGGAUGUUACUUACACUGAUCUCAACACACUUAAGUUUUAGAAACUAAGCUCAGGGAGCUUUGUUUUAGCAGAUAAAAAUUGUGAAUAAGAAAAAUGUGAAUAAAAUGGAUGUAGGUUUAGAAAAA